ACAUUUCCAAGCAUCUCAUUAACAUCCCUUGAAUUUUUCGACCUCUCAUGGUGCUCCAGUCUCCAGAGAUUUCCAGAAAUAUUAAAAACAAUGGAAAAUAUAAGAGAUGUUCGUUUGGAUCAUAGUGGCAUAGAAGAAUUGCCAUUGUCAUUCAAAAACCUGAUUGGGUUACAAUACUUGGACCUUUCAAAUUGCGAACACCUUCAAGAAUUUAGAGCAAUCCCACCAAACUUACAAGAAUUGGACGUAGUCGACAAACACCUGGGUUCAGAGUCUUGUAGUAUAUUAUUGAGUCAGGCACUGCGUGAGGUUGAUGGCCUGAAAUUUGUUAUGUUAGAGGACAAAAUGCCAGAAUGGGACCACUACACUGAAGGCCAUUCCAUUUGUUUUUGGUUCCGAAACAAAUUCCCAAACAUGGCUCUAUGUUUUGGGGGAGAAAGUGAUAUUGGACAUCAUGGAGAGCUUGUUCUAAAUGGUACAGUCUAUGUGAAUGGUGAAUUGCUGGAAUCUAUAAUCGAAGACAGGGUUUAUGGAAGAAUAACAUCUCAGCAUACCUUGAUGUUUGAUUUGCAAAACCUUAUUCAUGAAGAUAAACUAAGGGGAGUAGCUUUAGAGGAUGAAUGGAACAAGAUGCAGAUUUGCUGUACACUGCGUCACAGAAAAAAUCAAACAUGGGCAAAAGCUAAUGGAAUAUAUGUCUGCAAACAGAAAUCUAGAAUGGAGGAUAUUCGAUUCAUGAAUCCUAACGAGGAAAUCUCUCCCUAA